GUCGAAAGUAAUUCAUUCAAGGGAACGCAGAAGUGUCGAUGUCAACAACUGUCAGCAGAACUGGUCGAGCUCAGAGGGAGAGUUCGGACACUUGAUGACCGAUUGGCGAGCGCUAAAAGGGACCUCAUGGAUAAAGCUAUAGAAACAAGUGGCAUAGAUGCACUACUGAAGUGCUCCUACAAGUCUUUGAAGUUAGAGAUGGAAUCACUACGACAAGAGCGCGAUAAACUGCGCGUUGAACGUGACAAAUUUUUUGACGAGAAUGCUUCUCUUGCGGCUCGUGCUGCAAAUGCGGAAACGUUAAUGGGCUACGCCAAUGAUGAUAUUGAAACACUCAAAAUACAAUUGGCUAUGUUCAGAGAAAGAGAACAGAAGAAAGAUGCUGAAAAAGGUAACCAUGAUGGCGCUCCCUGCUUUAGCUGCUCUUUCUAUUGUCAUGGUGCUGGUUGA